GACGAAGGUGUUUUAGAUUUAUUUAUUUUACUAUUAUUUUAAAUAAAUUUAUUCAUAUGACAUUAAGGAUGUAUGUUUUUUAUUUUUAUAAGUUUCGUUUCUCUUGAUUUUGUUCCAGUAAAGAACGUCUUACUUCUUACAGACGCGUGAUUGCGGUGACUCAUGUUUGCCUUCAUUAACCAAUAUUACGUCAUAAUUUAACUACAAAGGUCUUGGUGCGAUGAAACUUGGCGUCAGAUCGGACCAGGUCGUAGUAUCAAGGCCAUUAAUCAUCUGAAAUAUGAACCAAAAACAAGAAGCGUUGAAAACCACAAAUGCAACUGCCGAAGAAGUUUUUGAAAGGUUUAACAGAAUAUUUGAUCAACUGGCUAUUGUAAAAGAAGUUGCCGUAGUGUUUUUGGACAAAGUCAAUGACGCUGUUAUUGUUGAAGAGAAUUGUAUUGGAAUUUCUAAAGCAUUUGUAAAGCAGUUGUAUUUGUUUGCAUACAAGUUAAUGCUGAAAGUAGUUAAAGGGAAACAAUGUACAUUUGAAAAUGAAGCUGCUAAUAAAUCUACUAGAUGCGUAGUUUUACUUUGCCCAGAUUGCUGUACAGCAUGGAAUAUAAGGAAGGACUUAAUGCUGAUGAAAUAUAUUAUCGAUUAUAAACAAGAACUUAACUUGGCAAGGCUAGUUUUACAAAAACAACCAAAAAGUUUGGAAUCUUUUUCCCACCGUAGGUGGUUGUUAAAUCAAUUAUUUAAGGUAACUUCAAAUUCAAAUUUGCAACCGAACUCUGUGCUGAAAAUGCUUUUAAAGAAAAAGAAACUAAAAAAAUUAGCAGUGGCUUUGAACUUCAAAAGGUUUGAAUGGGAAAUAAUAAAUAAUGAAAUGUCUGUUUCGCAUGAAGCUGCUAGAAUGCACCCGUCAAACUACACAGCUUGGAGCCAUAGAGUAUGGGUAAUUAAUUGCUUAAUUUUCCCAUCUGCUAGUGUUAGUCAUAAGGAUAGCAAUGUAUUUGUGAAGUUCCUACAUAAAGAGUUUAUUGAUGGUUUAAAAUGGACAGAGUACAAUGUGUCUGACUACUCUUGUAUGUCAUAUCUUGAACAUAUCAUUCUCUGUUUGGUUUUAGCUCAUUUUAUAAACCCCUUAAAUAUCUCUGAUGUUAUAAACUUGGAUGAUAUACUGACGUCAGCUUUGGAACAUAACUCUGAUUUAUUACGUUUGCACAAUGGUAAACAUGAGGCACUCUGGGUACACAGGCGUGCCAUAUUCAAGAUAUACCACACUGUUUUGCAUAGACUAUGCUCUGUGGAAGAUCCAAGUUAUGAAGACCACAGAAAUGUAAAACUAAAUUUAAAAGAAAAGUUUUCCCUCUGUGGUGAAGAGUUUUUUUGUAAAAGUUUCCCAAAAAAUUGUUUUUGCUUAAGGCACUUAUCUACUUUUAAACAGCGUGUUUAUUCUAGAUAAAAAAAAAAUCUGUUGAACAUUCAUUUUAAAGUAGUGUGUCCUAUUGCAAUAUAUAUAGCCUACUCUUUAGACAGACUAACCCGUUUGUGUUUCCAACACAG